CAUUUUUCCCUUUCUAUUAUUAUUUCAGCUCCUUUCUGGAGAAGCUGAUCGAUAAGUAGAUUCGCCUACGGUACUAUUUUACGAACCAUUAGUGGUUGGUAUACAGGUGACGCGGUCAAGGCAUCUUUGGUUGGUAGCAGCCUAGUACCCUUUCCUUAUCGCCGUCAAUCGUUGGCAAAACCCACUGGACCGGGCUCCGCCCAUCAGAACGAGACGAAGAAGAAUUGGGAGUAGAAAAGUAUUAAUUCGGCCAUGGGUGAUGCAGGGGUCACCAUUAUCUCCAAGCAAAUAGUUCAGCCAUCACCAAAAACUGAUGGAGGAGGAGGAGUCUUUAAUAGGAGAAUACAUCUCACUCCAUGGGAUCUCAAGAUGCUCCCAUUUCAAUACAUCCAAAAGGGCAUCCUCUUCCACAACCCAACUCACUCCCCCAUCUCUUCACCUCCUUUCCAAGAAGACGGUUCGAUCUCCGUCUCUCUCGAUUGCACCGGCGAAGGCGCCGAGUUCAUUCACGCCUCCGCUCCUCACGUCUCCGUAUCUGACAUCCAAACCCCUAGUAAUUACCACGUGCCUCCUGUCGUCAGAUCGUUCUUCCCCCUCAACGGAAUUCUCGACUGCGACGGCCAUUCUUACCCGUUGCUCGGCGUGCAGGUGACCGAACUCGCCGACGGGAUCUUCAUCGCCUGCUCCCUCAAUCACUCCGCUGCCGACGGCACAACGUUCUGGCAGUUCUUCAAAACAUGGUCGACCAUAUGCCGCAACGAUUUCAUCGGGAGCCCACCCGAGUUCGACCGCUGGUUCCCUGAUUCGAUCCCGCGCCCGAUCCACCUGCCAUUUAAAGACCACCGUGAAUUCAUCAGAGGAACGCGUCCGCGGAAUCUUGGGGAAUGCACGUUCAGUUUCUCCGCGGAGAACAUCAAGAAGCUCAAGGACCAAGCCCGUCCAGGAAAAAUCUCGUCGCUGCAGGCACUUCUAGCGCACGUGUGGAGGUCGAUGACGCGUGCUUCUGGUCUUCAGGUGGAGAAGGAGCCUCCCCUCCCCGAGACGUACGUUGGAAACUCUUUGCACGCGGCGACGGCGAAGGCCUCCGCAGGAGAAAUACAGAGUAAUGGGCUGGGCUGGACCGCGCUGAGGCUGAAGGAGGCGAUCGCUGCGGAGAGCGAGGCGUCGGCUAUAUGUGGAUGGGUGGAGGCGUGGAUUAAGAAUCCGUCUUUUUUGUGUUUGGAUCUGUUUACUCCGGGGAGUUUGUAUGUGUCGGGAUCGCCGAGAUUUGAUGUCUACGGGAAUGAUUUCGGAUGGGGGAAGCCUGUGGCAGUUCGUACCGGGCCCGGGAACAAGGUGGACGGGAGGCUGGAGCUGGAUCAGGGGAGGGAGGAAGGCGGCGUUGACAUAGAGAUCUGUAGCACCGUGGAGGUACUCAGCUCUCUCAUUUCGGACGGGGAGUUCACGAACUUGGUCUCGUGAUCAGUUCGAUGAUCAUUUGCCAAGUUGAUUUGUUUGCUUGUUCACUGUAGAAUAUAUAAAACUAUAAUUCUGAGUCUUAUCAUAGCUGACCUUUGAUGCAUUGGUUAGAAGGACCUUCACACGCUAAUUAAUUAGGGGAUUAA